UCCAAUGGCGUCAAUUUUAUCUUGUUUGCAGAAUAUAUAUUUGAAAAUCACUAUGCAACUAUGCCUUACAACGAUAUAAAGUGUGUGGUUCGUGAUCUCAUCUUCACAGUCCUGUUGUGUGGGACACUGUUCGUGUGUCCGUGCGAUGGGAAUCAUGGAGUCAGUGUUAUGGAGAUAGUGCCCCUGGACUUUUGUUCGUUUUUCAACAACCGAGCACCAAGUCCACAGCCUAAUCUCCGAAAUUGCACCUGGUUUAAGAAAAACAGCUGCUGUACGCAAGAGGAAAUUGACGCCACGUUUGGAACAGUAAAGCCUUUGCCGGGCAGCACGCCGGAGUGCCAGAGGUACACGAACUACUUGAUGUGCUACAUUUGCGCGCCGUUCCAGAACAAGUUUUACCGACAGGAGAAGCUGACGGUGUGUGAGGAGUUCUGUAAUGCCUGGUAUGCCGCCUGCUCCUCUGCUAUUCUGAAAGGCUCGGUUAUAGGCAGAUUGUACACGAAUGGCCGGGAGUUUUGUGAAAAGCGGAACUACCAGUGUGAACCCAUGGAGAGCCAAAACUGUUUCACCUUUGACUCCGCCCUUGACAACACGUCCGGUGCGUCUCAAAACCAUGUGACUUUCGUUGUGGAGUUUUUAUUGGCAGCAGCAUUUUUACUGAACUUGAAGCCAUGACAGUCGGUUUGAUAUUACUUCUGAAUUAUUUUUUUCAGUAUUAGGUGGUGUAUUUUCCGAUUCAUUGUUAACUCAUGUACAUUGUUAUACCAUAAUAUAUUUGUGGUGAUUGUCAAGUCGUGAUAAUAUGAUGCAUUUGAAACUAUGUCAUCCAAUUUAUGUUUACAAAAAAGUGGUUGGAAGAGAAAAUACAUAUAAAUAUAUGUAUUCGUUGUAAAAAGUAGAUCGACAAUUGAACUAUUAUGAAUAUUGAACCUAUAUUUUCGAAUAGAUGCACAAUUAAAGAUAAGUUUGAAUCAUAAUCAAUAACACUGUGUUCUUUUUAUUUCU